GAAAUAUUUAGUAUUUAUUUUUCAUUCAAAAUAUUCAUUCAGUCAGAAUUUUUGUUAUGGAGAAUCGUGACAUAUUUGAAUAAGCUCGCUUUGAGAGCUGUCGAAGAAAAAUUUGAAUAAUAUCAAUUGAAACAAAUGGUAAUGAAGUUAUGAAAAUCAAUGAACAAUUAUUCAAGUAUUACUUAGUGCAUGAAAUAUACAAACUAUGCGUAUGAAAUAUCGGCUUGGACGAGUCUAAGUUACGGAGUUGCAAAUUGUGAUUCAUAUAUGCUUCCGUUGAUAGUUGGUGGAACGAAAGUGGAUCGUACAGAAUUUCCGCAUAUGGCAGCCAUUGGAUUUGGUGGUCCAUCAGAUUUGGCGUAUUUAUGCGGUGGUUCAUUAAUUAGUGAAAAAUUUGUCAUGUCAGCUGCUCAUUGUGGAAAGGAUCGAAUAAGGGGUCCCGCGAGAGUUGUACGCUUAGGAUCAAUAAACUUAAUUAACUAUGACGAUCACACGCGUAUUGUUCUAAUAGAUAAAAUCCACUUGCAUCCGGACUAUAAGUCGAGCAGUAAAUAUAAUGAUAUUGCGCUAAUGCGAUUGGCCCGUAGCGUUCAUUUUAAUGAAUUCAUUCGGCCGGCUUGCAUAAAUGUAAAUAAUGAUGUGGAAUGGUCACAAGCAAUUGCCACCGGCUUUGGCCUAACAUCGACCGAACGUACGGUCGGUAGUAAUGAUUUGCUGAAGGUUCAACUCAACAAAGUGGAACUGAAUUUAUGCAAAAGAACAUACCGGGCAAGCCGCUUCAUGAGUCGUGGUAUAGACAAAUCACAAUUUUGUGCCGGAGAAUUGACAGGGCAUAAAGAUACAUGUCAAGGUGACUCUGGCGGACCCAUUCAAAUAUUACUUGCGAAGCCACACUGUGUAUACAGUAUCAUUGGAAUAACAUCAUUUGGGAAAUCAUGUGGCUAUAAAAAUACACCAGGCGUAUACACAAAUGUUGCUCACUACACAAGUUGGAUCGAGCAAAUUGUUUGGCAAGACAAAUCGGAUACUUGAACAUCGUUCAUCUAAUGGGAAAUCAUUUCACAAUUUGAUGCAUUUGAAACCCAUUUAAACAAAUAGAUGAAUUUCUCUUUUAAUAUAAACCAAUUCUGUACGAAAAUGCUUUAGUAUAGAAGUAUCGAUUCAGAGUGACUAAACUAAAUAUAUAGUUGAUGAAUAGUAGUUUAGGGUAUCUAUUCAUUAAAUUUCGUUUUACUACAUGGAAAUAAAAGAACAUCAUUUUCAUUUACGUAAAUUUUCAUGCGAAACGUUUUUGAUUCAGUCGAUUUAAUCAUAAAAAAACAACAAUCGCAACGACUCUCGACACAGUUUAUGAUGUAUAAAAAAAAUGGUUUGUAAUGAAGUGAAAAUUGCAGUUCAGCAUAUAAAAUUGGUUAAAUUACGCGCAGCUCACGACUAUGUAUAAUUGGGGUUUGGUGCAGCAAUCGCCGCAGUAGCGUGUACAUGUGUCUCCCCGAAAAUCAAGUGGUUGUGCCGAGUUUUAUGUCACACAACAAAUGUUGUGUGCGCAAGAGGGUGAGUGAGAUAUGUACAAAUGUACAUAUUGACAGAGUGAGAGCGACAGCAUUUAAUCGAAAUCCAUGCGAAUUGGAAAAUCCAAUAGACACAUACUGUAAUCAAACUCCCUAUACAUUAGGAAAACACUUGAGAGCAAACUUUGA